AGGUCAGGUAUAUACUCCAUGACAGCAGAACAAUCGCCACUCGGGUAAAACCUUACAGUCGUCUACAUUCAGUUCAGUGUGACCUCUCAUCGUACAUAUCUCCAUGAAGGUUUUACGAGUGCAACCCACCCCCUCACUCCUUCCUUUCAAGGCACAUCAGUCCAUUGUUUUGUCAAACACUUGUACCUUACCUAUAAUGAACAAGUGAACCGAGCGUGGCAGCGAAAAAAUCAUAGAUGCUCGAAAUUGUGAAAAUAAUUUUUUUUUUUCUAGCCAUUUAUUUUUGUUCCUAACCUAAAAGGUUAUUUACAAGUACUAUAGAAAAGUUAUUGUUAUUACGUCUGAAGAUCUCUAAUUAAUAUUGUACUCUACAAUGUACAUAGCUGUGUUCUGAAGACUUUUCAAGAAAAUGCAACAAAUUUUUACCAAAAUUUCCUUUUUAGCCUCCUUAUAUAAAAAUUGCAGAUAAUGUAUAAUAACCUUUUUCCUUGAACUUUUUCCAGGAAAGAUACUAGGAUCUGGUUAUUUUGGAAUAGUUAGAAAAGCGGAAGCUCAUGGUAUUGUUGCAAAAGAUGUGAAAACCACAGUAGCUGUAAAAAUGGCCAAACAACACAAUGAUUCUUUAAGUAUAAAAGCUCUCGUUUCCGAAUUGAAGAUCAUGAUUUAUUUGGGACAGCACACGAAUGUAGUUAAUUUAUUGGGAGCCUGCACUAAAGACUUGAUAAGAGGAGAAUUAGCUGUGAUUGUAGAAUACUGCAAAUAUGGUAAUUUACGUGAAAUUCUCUUGAAAUACAGAAACAAUUUUACGAAUAAAAUAAAUGAAAAUGAUGAAAUUGUUAUCACCAUUGCUACUGCCAAUUGUAAUGAAAGCACAGGAUCUAUUGGAGAACCAAGAACUAUAAGUCCUAACGAAGAACAAGAACUUGAAGGCACACUGAUCAGUAACGUUCCUACUACGGUACAAAAGUUUACUUUUGGUUCGAAUGGAUGUAUUGAAAGUAAUGAUAUGUACGAACCAGAAUGGCGUUCAAAUUAUAAGUCUGAUUGCAAUGACGCUUUCAACAAGCCAAUUGAUACUACCGACCUGAUUUGUUGGUCAUUCCAUGUUGCUCGUGGAAUGGAAUACUUGACUAGUCGUAAGAUUUUACACGGUGAUUUAGCUGCUAGAAAUAUACUUCUAGCAGAAGGGAAUAUCGCAAAAAUCUGUGACUUUGGCCUUGCCAAGAAUAUGUACCAAAAUGAAGAAUAUAAAAGCAGUAAAACCGUGUUCCCGGUGAAAUGGAUGGCUAUCGAAUCGCUACGAGAUAGGAUAUUUUCAACGCAAUCUGACGUGUGGUCUUUCGGGAUCACCAUGUGGGAAUUUUUCUCAUUGGCAAUAUUACCUUAUCCAGAUUUGGACAAUUCGGAAGUAUACAAAAAAUUGGUUUCUGGCUACAGAUUGGAGAAACCAAAAUUCGCUACGAGUAAAAUAUACGACAUCAUGAUGGAUUGCUGGAAAGAGCACCCUAAGCAACGACCGUCAUUCGACGAUCUAGUUCAAAAACUUCGAGACAUUCUCGAACCUCCUACACAAUCUCAAAACCCUAAUGAUGACGCAAAAGAAUGUGCAAAGAUUUUAAACGCACCCAUAGCCAAGAAUCCCUAUGUGGCUGAGAAUCAGUUGGAAUUGAACGAUAUUUAGGAAUAGCUAUGAAAUUCCAUAAUAUUUAUUUAAUACCUGUACAAUCUAUCAUACCUACUAAAUUCAUUCGCUCAUUGAUUUUAUAAUCACACUCAUCUUUGCACUGAUUUCCGUACAGUUGACCUUUGAAUUUGGGAUCAUUUUCUUUCUCACAAAAAAAAGUGGUCCAAUCAGAGAGACAUUGGGUAUGUUCAUCAGUUCAUCACUGAUUCGAAUGGCAAGGUGGAUUUUACAAAAUCUAAAAACGAUUUUUUUAAAUUAAUAUUUUUUUUGUUUUUUAACGUGUAGGUAUACCUAUCUUUAAAAAUGAUGAAAAUCAAUUCUCUGAAUUAGAUAUACCGCGAGUCCUGGAUAUUUAUUAUAGGCAAUGUUGAAAAUGAAAAUGAGCCCACAAUGAGUAUGCACACGUUAUAUUCAUCUUUCUGCCAAAAAGCUAAUGUGAGGUGAAAAUUUUCGCAUUUUUAAAAAUGAAAUGGUCAGAAAAAAUCCCAAUAUUUUUCAUGAUUUCUGAAAUAAGUUUUAUUUGUGAAAUUUUUUCCUUUGUGUAUUUGUAAGUGUACAUAAUUACUGUGAUAGUCAGUAAUUUCCAAAAAUGAACGAUUUAUUGCAUGACAAC